CUCCUCCGUGUGUAUUUAUGUGUGGAGCUCAUUCUCGGCCACUCCACUCACUCUUCACCCGCUGACCACUACACUGACAUGGCCGCUAACCGGGUAAUCGUUUACGGAGGCAGGGGAGCACUGGGCUCCAAGUGUGUCGAACAUUUCAAGUCCAAAGGAUGGUGGGUCGCCUGCAUCGACAUGGCUGCAAAUGACGAGGCGAAUGAAAACGUGAUAGUAAAAAUGAGUGAAUCUUUCACUGAGCAGGCAGGACAGGUGACGACGGAUGUGGCCCAGUUGCUAGGAGAACAUAAAGUGGAUGCCAUCUUGUGCGUCGCUGGAGGAUGGGCCGGAGGGAAAUGUAGUUCCAAAGAUUUAUACAAAAACACAGACCUGAUGUGGAAACAGAGUGUGUGGACUUCCACUAUCUCCAGUCACCUCGCCGCUCUGCACCUGAAACCAGGCGGACUGUUGACUUUGGCCGGAGCUAAAGCAGCGCUGUCAGGCACUGCAGGCAUGGUCGGCUACGGCAUGGCCAAAGCUGCCGUCCACCAGCUGUGUCAGAGUCUCGCAGAAGAGAAGAGCGGCUUGCCGGCAGGAGCUGCUGCUGUGGCGAUCCUACCGGUUACCUUGGAUACGCCGAUGAACAGGAAGUUCAUGCCUGACGCAGAUUUCGGGUCCUGGACGCCGCUGGAGUACGUUGCAGACACGUUUUUCAGCUGGGCCACCGGCGUGCAGCGGCCGGCGUCGGGAAGCCUGAUGCAGCUGAUGACCUCGGGAGGUGAAACCCAGGCUGUGGCAGCGCCGUAGACGACAAAGAGUGGAGGUGUGGACACGGUGAUGGGUGUUCGUUUAGGGAGGGAGCGAGAAAUAAUGAUGGAUGGACGCAGGGAGGGGGGAGAGAGGAGGAAGAGGAGGAGCGUAAGAGAGAUGGGAGUGAUGAAGAGGGUUGGAGGUGAAGAAGAGGGAUGGCGACAUAGUGGAGCUAAAUAAAAGGGGGUAGUGGAGGAGGAAGAGGAGGAAGAGGAGGGGGAGGAGAGGGAGACAGCCAGAUGGGCUUGUUUUGGAGGAGGAGAGGAGGAUGAAAUUUGAAAUUGCAGCCUCACAGCGCCAUCUAGCUGCACAACACUACACUACAGUUCUCCCAUUUGUGGAAGACAAUCAAAGCUGAUUGUUGUGUUCAAAAAAACUCACGUUCAAUCUUUCACAACAAAAGUUUUCAGAAUAAUGAAGUGAAGUAACUACAGUGCUAAUGUGUUAUUAUAAUAAUUUUUACGUGUCUUUAUGCUGAAGCUGCGUGUGACGACAAAGUGUGAAUCUUUAUUAUUAAACAGUGUUUUUUACUCA